AUUUUAUGUGGCUUGUAAUUGUCAUUGAUUUAUUGUGAAGUCCUGAAAUGUGGUUCAUGUUGACAAAAGAAAAUGCUCAGAACAGAAUAAUCGGACAUUAAUAAGCUUCAAAUUUACUUUCAUUGUAUUUGUCAGUCUAUUAAAAAUGUAAUGCUCAUCCAAUGCUAACUUAUAAUGUAAAUUAGAUAAGAUAUUACUUCAAGGGAUUACCAAGUUUCGAUUACGUGCUUUCGAGAGCAGAUUGGACGAAUGCUCUUCUGAAGAAACCGUGAGAUGGAAAGAAAAAGUUACAAACUCAAUCAAUAUUUUGAAAAUUUAUAUUCGUAAUGAUUUGAGUUAUAACUGAACCAAGUAUCAUGUUGAUGUGGCGAAUACAUUUAUCUAAAUGUUUUAGUCAAUUAGGAGUAUCUACGUCAGGGAAGAUUGGUAUCGGACCGGACGAAUCCGCGCUGUCCGCAAAUGAAAUUGCGUAAUUUCCAAAACACGUUGGGUGGUUGAUUUGGGGGUUAAUUUUAGUGGGGUUGAAAUCGUGCCCGUUGAAAUCCAACAAGUGCUGCCCGGCGAGGCCAAAUAAUGGCAGCACCGUCGCCUCGUUGGACUCAGUCGCUCCGCUCCUCCCCGACCGUGAACACCAACUGUUGCUCCAACUCUCCGCCGGGACGGCAAAACAUGCUCAUUGCCUGAAGAAUAAACUGGACCACCUUGCCUCCUCUGGACCCAGUGAGGGAGGGUGAGAUGGGGCCCGGGUGAGGGAUGAGAGCGUCGGCCAUGAACAGGGCCGAAGAGGUAGAACUGUUUCGAAAAUCGCGGGAGGUAAGCGUCCUGAGGGCCAAGCGACCUGAAGACCUCGUCCUUAGCGUCCUCAAGGAGCCACUGGUCAACCAUCAACGGCCCAACGCACUACUGCCUUCGACCUCCGAAGAUGACGAGGACACCAACAGAGAACGUUGGCGGAGGAGACCGCGUUACUGGGAUGCACACCACAAGCGAGUGCCGACCCCUAUGAAGAAGCGGAGGGCCCGGAGAUCUCCGACGAAACAGGAGUCCGUGGACGACCCGCCCCCGGAGCCGCCUCCCCGGGGGGUGCCGGACCCUUACUAUCCCAUCUACCUCCCCAUCGACCAGGCGUUCAAAGCGAAAUACGUUUUCCACCAACGACGCGGAAAGACUUUCCAGGAACGCCUCUACGUCUUCCUAGAGCAUCCCGGAGGCUGGCUUUGCUUCGUCUACCACUUCACCGUGUAAGUAGCUUCAUAUUUGCAAGCAAUUUCUCACUUGAAAAGCAUGGUUUAAAAAUAAAACAAUUUUCC